GAAAAAUAGUAAUAUAAAGGGAAAAGUUUUUAUAGACUAACGUGCACGUUUAGUUAUAUUUGAAAUAUUGGAACGUCUAAAUGGACUUAGAACAAUAUUAUAUACUGAAUCGUGUUCUUUUAUCUAUGAUUGGUCUUUGGCCAUAUGAUGAUUUCAAAGUUAGACAACUUCGUUUUAUAUUGACAUUAUUGACAUUGAUACUAUUUACUAGUGCUCAGUUAAUGAAAUUAUUCGUCUCGAAAUGCAAUUUGGAUCUUCUUGUAGAAAUAUUACCUUUUAAUAUGAUUUUUAUAGCAAUUUCUGUAAAGUAUGUCACAGUUUAUGUUAUGAUAAAAAAUAUAAAAGAAUUCCAGGAACGUCUUCAAAGAAACUGGUACGCUUUGACAGAUAAUCGAGAAAUUGACAUAAUACGCAAACAAGCGAUCAUUGGAAGAUUAUUUACAAUAGCUAUAAUAAUGUUCGCGUGUGGAAUAUUGUUCUCCUGCUUUAUUUUACAAUAUAUUUCAAUUUUACUCGAUAUUGUAAUACCUUUGAACGAAUCUCGUCCGCGUGAACUUUUAUUUCCCGCAGAAUAUUUUAUCGAUCAACAAAAAUACUUUCCUAUCGUAACAAUACAUGCAGGAAUUGGAUUAUUCGUUGUAACAAUAAGUAUAAUAGCUACCGAAUCAUUUUCACUUGCAAACGCAUUGCAUGCCUUCGGACUAUUUGAAAUCGCUAGUUAUCGCAUGAAACAUAUAUUAAGGAAAUCUGAUUCGCAGAUGUGUAUAACUAAACAAUAUAUUCGACACAGAAUAAUCGCUGCAGUGGAUUUCCAUAGAAGAGCAAUUGAAUAUUCUGAAUUGUUGAAAGCAAGUUUUGGACGAAUGUACUUGGUUCUUUUUGUGGUAAUGGUGUGCUCAACAAGCAUCAAUUUAUUUAACUUCUCUCGGACAAUAUCAUCAGAAAAAAUAUUGGAUAUGAUUAAAUGUAUCUUUUUUAUAAUCGUAUGUGUUGUAUGUUUAACUUUGGCUAAUUAUGCUGGUCAGAAAUUUAUUGAUUAUGAUACACAUUAUUAUCGAACCAUAUGCAAUACGAAAUGGUAUAAUGCUCCGUUAAAGACACAAAAACUAAUAUUGUUCUUGAUACAAAAGACUACAAAAUGCUAUAAAGUCGAUGCCGGUGGUAUGUUUAGUCCCUGUUUUGAAGGAUUAGCCACAAGUUUUAGUAUGACGAUUUCUUAUUUUAUGGUUCUUUCCUCCAUAUAA